AUGUGCUCCAUUCGUAUUGUUCGUGAUAUUUGGUUUAUGUGCAACAUGUUGCAGCUGUGCCCUAGAGUACUGUGGGCCUCUCUCUUCCCAGAAUGGGUGUCUGGUGUCUCAUUUGCAGCUGAUACACCUUCCUCUCAUGUCUUGUUCAUGGCAGUCCCUAGGCUGUCUGGUGACACCUGCCAGAUGAGGGCAUUCCAUAGCACAUAUAUUCCGCCUGUGCCUGUGUUGCCAAGUGACAAUGUGUCAAAUGAUGGGGUCAAAUGA